AAAAACGGUGACCUACGUUGUGUUGUAUUUGCAUCGUCGAUAAGCUGGUUUUUGGACUUCUGAUACAAUAGUUUAGCCGGCGAGAUGUGGCUGAGUAGCACGUUAACAUGGUGUAUUGCUGUCUUUCUUAUGAUCCCCCUGCUCGCUGGAUGUUCUCCUCCUCGUACAUUCCAGCAAGGAGGGCCUUUGGCAAGCCAGCAGCUGUUGAGCAGUCAGUAUCAGGCCGCGGGUCCGCAAAGUCCGCCUAAAAUAAAAGACCCCGUUCCACAACGGCGUCAGAAAACCGUGUCCGUGCACUGCCAUGAAGAUGCGAUAGAGGUCGCGAUGAACGUAGACCUGUUUGCGUCGGGGUUUCCAGUCUAUGCUGAGGAGCUGUGGCUGGGUUCCCCAUCAGCAUCAUGUGGAGCCGUGCUAACCGGAGAAUCACAGUUGACCGUAUUUGCUCACUUCAGAGAUUGUGGAACCAAACUGUCUGUAACUGGAGACUCUCUAGUAUAUUCAAAUGUCAUUGUGUACGCUCCUCUAACAUCUCCUGAUGGUGUACUUCGCCAGGAAGGUGCAGUCAUACCUGUUCAGUGCCAAUACCGGAGGCGGUACAGUGUUGACAGUGCGGCAGUGGCACCCACUUGGAUCCCAUUUGCUUCCUCUGUUACUGCCACAGAUUAUCUGGACUUUAGUCUCCUACUGAUGAAUGAUGAUUGGCAGUAUGAGAGGGGCUCAAACAUCUAUUUCCUUGGGGAUGCGAUACACCUUCAAGCAUCGGUUACCUUGGCCAAUCACUUCCCCUUCCUUCUGUUUAUUGACUGGUGUGUUGCUACACCAACUUAUGGCGUGGUUCCUAGUGACAUCAAAUAUUCUUUUGUGGAUCAUCACGGAUGUCUUGCAGACAGUAGGAGUUUGUACUCUCGCUCCAAAUUCUUGCCGAGGAGCCAAGGCAACAAAUUAAACCUGCAACUGGAUGCCUUCAGAUUCUACAAAUUGACCAGCAACUUGGUAUUCAUCACAUGUAACCUAAAAGCUAUCCCUGCUGCGUAUCCUGUGAGCUCUCAGAAUCGAGCAUGUUCUUUUAUUGAUGGAAGGUGGCAGUCUGUAGAUGGAGGUGACGAGGUGUGUAACACCUGUGAGCCAUCCAGACGAGCUGCAGCAGAGCCAGAACCAAUCCAGCCUUUCCGCGUCACACUAGCCCCUCCUGUCAAGCAGCCUUAUUUGGCCCCAAAACCAAGAUCGGCUGGUUUCUAUGAUGUGAGACCUGGUCAGUCACUGGAACCCUUUAAAGCUCUCAUACGUUCAAGGCAAUAUGCCAGUGGUGUGUCGAAGAGAGGAACAGACUCGAACAAAGACUGGAGCAAGCUUGCCACAUUAGGUCCUUUGUUUCUGAUCCCAAAGCAAGAAACCACCACCCAAUCAACUGGGUACACGCAGUCCAGCCCACCUGAGGAGCCGGAGCUCUUAUUCAACUCGACUGAGACGAGUCCCGUGAUGGAUGAGCUGGAGUUUAAAACCGAUCAAGAGACUGAGCGCUUCAGUCCAUUAGAGAAGGGCCUGUUCCUUAAUGCUUCUGAUCUUUUCAGUUCAGAGGAAGGGAGCGGGUUUGAACGGUGACCCUCCGCAUAAGAAAAAUGAGCACAAGGGGAAAAAAUGGAAACUGACAAUGUGACCUUUCUAAAAAUAAAAGUUUUAGAACCUCUCCUCUUGGUCCUUGUCGUUACUGCAGAUGCUGUGGUCACAGAGUG